AGUAGGCUACGGUCGCUUAACUUCUUUCUUGUUCUUUACUUUCAUCAGCCAUCAUGGUGAGCAUUUACGUAUAAACUGUGGUUUUCAAGGCUACCUCUCACGAUUUCACGAUAAAUCCGUACAUAUUUCGCAAAAAAUACAGAUUCUCGUAAAAUGCCUCCUAAAAAGGAUACUAAGAGCUCCUCUAAGCAACCGCAGAAAACUCAGAAGAAGAAGGAAGGUGGAUCAAGUGGUAAAGCUAAGAAGAAGUUGCAGAAGUGGUCCAAGGGAAAAGUACGUGAUAAGUUAAAUAAUCAAGUACUCUUUGACAAUCCCACGUAUGAAAAGCUGUUGAAGGAGGUUCCACAAUACAAAUUGAUCACACCCUCCAUUGUCAGUGAAAGAUUGAAGAUCAGGGAGUCUCUUGCCAGGAGGGCUCUGACUGAACUUCAGCAGAAAGGUCUUAUUGAGCAAGUUGAACAACAUCAUGCACAACUUAUCUACACACGUACUACUAAAGGAGAUGACCCAGCAGUGUAAUAUAUAUGUUUUAAUAAACAAAUUAAAUUCAC